AAGGCGGUAAAUUCCAAUAUGGCGUCGCGUCCUUCUCGAGGAUUUCUUGUCGGUGAUGGAACACUUAGACGAAAGAAUGAUAGAAAUAAGGCUGCUAAGAGACAAACGAAGUUUACGCAGAAGAAGAAAAAGAAACCAGAGUGGGACGAUACUGUUAGUGACCUUAAUGUUUAUAAAGCGAGCCAAGAUGAACUGAGAAGAAGACGUGAAGCACACAAAUCUAAAAAUGCUAGCUCUGGUUGGGCAAGAGAAGUCAAAAGGAAGGAAAACCAAAGUGAUACCAGUCCAGACCAUCCAGACAGUAGUACUAAACGAAAACAGGCCAUCCUGCAGGAGAUUCUUUUUGGCCAAGAUAACUUUCAGUCUGUCUUAGCUGAAACAGACACAACAAUGUCUGCAGUAAAAGAUUUAUUUGGUGAUGACCCAAAGAAAUUUUUAGGAUUUCCAGUUGUAACGGCUGCUCCCAAGUCUGAGAAAAAUUCAGAAAGCAGGUAUAUAGGUGGUCCAGUUUCAGAAAUGCUAAAUUCACCCACACAGUUAUCCAUAUUAAGUGAGUCCAUCAUGAGGACACCUGCUCUUAAUGAGCUGUCUGACAAAACAGACAGUGAGUCAUCAGUAAGUGAUGAACAAAUACAAGAGGAUGCUGAAAAACAUGAGCCUCAGAGAACCAUGUUUGAACCCCAGCUUGACCUUCAACACUACAGGCAGUUAAUAUCUCAUGAAUCUAAUAAGGAGUGUUACAAGGUUGAAGAUGUUGUGCCAGAUAGACGUAUGGAGAACCAAAACCUUCACUCAUACCCAGAAAGAAGCCAGUCAGUACAUAUAUCACAAAUGUCAAGUGAUAGGGUACCAACUAAUACAGUUAAACAUGCAUCAAAUGUAAAUACUUUUGCCAGAAGUGAUUUGGUACAGCAUAAAUCAAUUGGAUUGCCUUCAGUUCCUGAUCAAGUACCCUCAAAUGAAAGAGAAAGUCAACCUAAAGUGGCUAUAAAUCCCAUUAGAGAAGGAAAGACUAAAUCGCAAAGACAGCCAAAGGCCAAUGAUACCAGCACAUCAUCAUCUACCAGUAGCCUGAGAAGUCUGGAAGACUUGAAAAAGAUGGUAGAAAGCUUGGAAGAUGAGAUAGCAGAGUAUGAGAUGGAGACAGGAAGACAACCAACCACCACCACACCCCAGUCAAGAAAUUUUAGUGGCUAUACUUCUUCUUUGAUCAUUGCUGUUACCAAGCUGAUGAAGUACUUAAAGGAGACGGAAAUACAGCGCAAUGCUGAAGCCAUCUUAAGAGACCAAAUACUUCAGGGGUUUUCUGAACAAAGAGAACUAAUUGAUGCCUUAACAAACGAUAUCGUCCAGACUCAAGAACAAAAUAUGAAACUACAAAGUGAGCUGCACUCUUACAGGCAGAGUACAGAUAAUCAGUUGAACUACCUGAGGAGGGAAUUGGAGUUUGUUUUGAAGAGUUUUGAAUACCACACUGUUCAAAGCACCAUUAAAACCCUACAUAGUACCAAACCUGUUUCAUUAGAUGCAUCCUCUCAAACCCAUGAACAUUCUCGUGGCGACAUACACACAGCUCAAGGCAGCUACAGAAAAGCUGGAACUGUUGAGGAUUGUCUAAGGACUCAAGGUGCAUUGAUCCCAGUUUCUGCUCCUCCUAGAGAAACAUCAUUGAACAACCAGGAGCUAAAUAAUAGAGGGAUAAAAGAUGACCACUUGCAAGUAACAAGAAAACUAAAUGGGUGUGUAACAGCUGUAAGUAAUCAAGACCAAGGGAUAGGUGUAACUCAACAGCUUGAUCCUCCUGUUGAAGCAACACAAGGCACAAGAUCUAACACAGGUCAUGGUAUCUCCUCUGUAAAUCAAGAAACACAUGAAGAUUCCUUGUUGGUAAAAUCUCUCAUAAAAGACCCAAUAGCUACAAGAGAUCUGAGAAAUAGGCUUCAGGGAAUAGCACUUAAACAAAGAACCACAGCUGCAAUAAGAAAUGGAAGUAAUACAACUGUAGACAAGAAGACCAUAAAGAUGCAAGAUGAAAACCUCCAUCACCCAUCACCUCAUGUACACUUCAAAUUACCUCAAGAUAACACCACCAAUAGACCCUGUGUAAACCAAAGAACAGAUUCAAGUCUGCCAGAAAAGUCCCCUUGUAUAUCUCCUAUCCCACAUCAGGAGCCUGUUGCAGAUGUCCCUAACGUGCAAAUGACUGGCUUAAGAAAAGAAAAGCAUGUAGUGGUAAAUCUACCAUCUGUUUGGUCAGACAUUUCUUCUUCCACUAUCUCUGUCUAGUAGUAUGGAUUACCACAGGGAGCCCAUACAAGUACAACAUUGCUCUUAUGCACAGAAUGGUUAAUUGGACUUAAUUCUACCUAUUAACAGUAUACAUGUAUAAUGGUCUUUUUAUACAGACCAUAGUCAUUCACUCAUCAAUUAAUAAAGGCAUAUUGUAGGGAUGAUGCCAAUUGAGGAUACCA